AACGCGUUCCGCCUGCGUCCUGUCGCUUCAGUAACACGCGAUCUCGGCCGCGAGCCAGGCUGCAUACAACACCUUCGCGUCGCGCAGGGUACCUGCGGCCGAUGACGGAAGUGUGUUACUAGGCCGAGUGGAGCACGUGAUACUCUCAUCGCCGAGCGGCGCUGCUCCGCAAGACGUCAUGCCCGGCGUCGGCGUUUCCCGGCGGCUGCGUCCAACACCUGGGCCGUCGUGCGACGCGGUCGCGAGGAGAAGAGCGCUCGUGGUGUUACGCGCAGAUUGAGCCCCCGACCGGCGAUCUCCGCGAGCGUACGCGGCCUCGGCGUUGCGUGGGAUCGGAGAAUCGAUUCGAUGGCUGAUGGAGUGCCGUUGACUCGACGGUGUUUGUGCGCGACGACACGGGCGCGCAGUAGCUGAAGGCGGCAGGAUCCGUUUCGCUAGCGACUUCCGGAUCUCCGAUCAUGGAUAAACGACGGUCCUUGGACGGAGGGCUGCAGGAGCACCCCUUGCCUAUCCCGGUUCAGAUGUUCCUUUGGCGGCAAUUAAGGCCGUUCAUUCGAGCCAAGCUAGGAAAACUUCACGAAGCAUCUUGCACGUUCUGUCAACACGCGCCAGGCCAUCAUGAGAUGAAGGAAGCAUGCACGUGCCUGGAGAAGGUGUUAGUGCAGAACCUCCACAACGACCUCACACCGUCGCUGAGCGAGAUAUUGAGCAACGUGCCACGCUGGCGCUUGAUUCAAGCCGCUCUCCCUUACGUCCUUCACGCCACGGCCAGCAUCCUGCACAAUAGAAAGGACUUUCAGAGCCUCGGUGCGAUGGAAACGACUCUGCUCUACAUUCUUCACUGGAUACUCUUGGACGCGGCCGAGGAAUGCGCCGAGAACGAAGUCGACCCGGCGAACCCCUUUCACUACUUGUUCUCGAUACCUACCUUGACCCUCUUCGUCUACCUGUUUGCGCCGUUGUGCAAUCACCUGAAGGACAUCGAUUUCAGGACGAACCUGCGGCUGGAGAACGGCCUGAAGAUAUGGUCCGCCAUGUACGAGUGCCGACAUCCGGAUGCGUCUUGCUUCACCACGCAUUGUCGCGCCAAGCCGCGCCUUUAUUGGAGCCGGUCCUUAAAGUCAGCUAAGCAUCACAUGCUGUCGGACGACGUCUUCGUCGGAGGCAAUAUCGAAAGUCCACCCAGCCAAUCGGUUAGCGCGUUUUCGGACCAGAGUGCCCCGCCGUCCUCCAAAAUAAUCGACGAUGAUCAACAGAGUACGUGGUUGUCAUCACCCAAGGACACGGUCUUCCCCGAAACGAUACCGGAGGAGAGCUCCGGCGCAGAGGACGAGCACGUAGUGAUAUUCAGGCUGCCCUCCCUCAGCGAGUCGGAGAAGAUGAUUGACGGGGUAAAAGAAGUUUCCAUUAUAUUCGCAGGCGAGGCUAGCAUCUUCCACGUAGCGAUGGGCAGGACGACCAGCUCCUCGAGGUCUCUCACGAUAGAGCAGGUCACGGCGAUCUCCAGCUUCGACACAUGCAAGCAGUACUACGGCAAGCCUGUGAAACUCGGAGGCGCGGACAAGGAGAAAGAGGAGAAAACUUCCAAGGUGGAGAGGGAUUCGCAGGAGGCUGCGAGGAAACGUGGGAGUUUCUCGACCCAACGUCAAAGUGCAGUCGGUGACGCAACCGCGGCGGAGCACACCGCCGGCUCUACGGCCGUCGACCUGGACGUCCGGGGCGCAACCUUCUUGGAUGUGGCCGCUAUGAGAUGCCUGUUUGUGCCUCAAUGGCAGGAAGAAGGUGUCUUCUGGGCUCUUCAGUUCCUGUACCACCGGCUGCGGAGGAUCAACGAGGAGAGCUCGGUGCAGCAAAUGCCGCGUCGUCGCAGCAACUCCUUGCCCAUACCGAAGAUCGAGGUCUCCUUUUACCAGAGUCCCGAAAGUAAGAAGAAAGACGUGCUGAAAGACUUCAUCGAGGUGCCCGAAGUACGCGACGUCUCUCUGCUGACGGAUCUGGACACGUUUCCAGAGUCGCCGUACGUUACGCCCAAAGGCCAAGACUGUGAGACGAGCCAUACCAGACGCGCCAGCGAGAAGACGAAAAAACGCAUGAAGAUGGCCGAUCUCAAGGCUUUCGUCGAGACGAAGCUGCUCUCCAAGUCGGAGAAGGCACUCGAGAAGAUUGGCCAGGACGAGCCUAAGAUGCUGUUCGAGCAGGAAUGUCACAGAAGCCUCGAUACCGGAGACGACCAUCUGACGCGACAGGCCUCGACCUGCUCAAAGAUCUUCGAAGCGAAGGACGUCGACCACAUGAAGCACCCUACAAAUCUGAUCAAAGGGAAAAGUAUGCCAAGCUUAAGCUGCUUGAUUAACGAGCUGACCGCGGGAGGAUACAUCGGCGACACCCGCGUCGAGAGGAAGCAGAGUCCGUUUUACAGCCAGUCCUACACCGUGCCGAAUCCUAUCAUCACCGUCACGGAACACACGCCAACUCCAUCGCCCGACUACAUGAAGCGGCAGGGUUCCGUGGAGAGUCAGUUGGACGCCAUCAGCAUCCAAGGAAGCCGUCUGUGCUCCGAGAGGAAGCCCAGCCUCACCAGAUCACAGACCGACUCUAAUAUCACUUACAUGAGCGACGAGGUGCCGGAAGCUCCGGGCUCGGCGUGUUACAUCACGAAGGAGGGUGACGUUGACCUGCAGGUCGCCUUAAAGGCUAUUCAUUCCGUCGCUCUGCGGGACAAUGCCUGCUGUACGCCGCGAGUUUGCGAGAUUAUCCUGAAUCUGGUGGAGUUGCUGAUGGACAUGGGGGUGAUGAAGCAUUGUCUCCAGGAGGAAGCCACCGGCAGUAACGCGGGGUCAGCCAGUGGUAUCGACAAGUCGGAGACAGGAAAGAAGCAAGAUUCGCCGACAAGAUUGAAUCAGCAAGACUACAGGGACGCGGAUGACAAGGCAAACGCUCACAAUCUCCUCAUGCAUUGCGUGAUUAGAGUAGUGAAGCACCUAGGUUGCCCGUACGGUUGUCUGGAUGGCGUACGCGGGCCUCAGGCUGAUAUCUGUCGCUCUCAGGGCCAAACCAUCUUGACGAAACUGCAUCGCGCGAGUUCCCGACAUUUCUCGAAAUUUUUGCGAAAGAUGAUGCGGGAGCAGCCGUUGGUGGAAAUCUUGGACUUCUUCCAUUCGUACGUCGGAUACUGCGUCGACCCGAGCUCGCUGUUGUCGCCGCUCAAUCAGAAACGAGUGUCCAGCAGCAAGUCGCCGGACGUGGCGUCCCAAAGCGGAUACGCGACGAAUUUCGGAGCCGGCAUGAUCGGCGCCGGGGCCAGCGGGGCGGCUGUGGGCCCCUCAGGCACGGGUGGGCCCGGCGGCAGCAACGUCGCUACGGCGAGCGGCGUCGCGACGUCGUACAGCACCGGCGGUUAUGGGGCGCGCGGUAUCGAGGGCCAGAUCAUGGCCUGCAUCUUCAAGGUGCUGGUCACCCGCCUCGUCGAUUCCGUGAAGCAGCUGAAGGCGCAGGAGAACAUCGGCCUGUACUGCGACGUGCGGCAGCUGAUGACGUACGUGAAGGAGGCGCACGGUGGAGUUUUCCGGCGCGUCACCCUCAGCGGUAUCCUCGACUCCGCGGAUCGGCCGAAUAAACGUUGCAACAGCAACGUGCAGACGACGCGCGUCAUAAGGCACAUACAUCAGUCCGAUCUGGAGGAACACGCGGACAUCGGGGGCGACACGUGUUACACCGUCGACGACAGAGGCACGCGAAAGUUCCUCUUCAAGAAGAGGAGCACGUCGACCACCUGCGCUGCCGGGUCGAAUUUGCAGAGCCUCCUCGAGACCGAGCUGAGCGAGGAGAACGUCAAGAUCAGUCAGAGCCCGUUGGGCAAUCUGCGCAAGAAGCACCACGUGUUGACACCGCGACAGAGCGAGCGCAACCUCGGUAUCGGCGAGACCUCGCUGGGCCCAGGCAAGAUGCGGAAGUCGACGCGAUUUCAGAUCGGCGGUAUCGUUAAUUGGUUCCGGAAGGAGUACAGCCGCACCGAUUCUACCGAUAGCCAUGAAAGUAGCGAGUCACCCACAGACGGCAGCUUUGUUAGGCAGCCGAGCUUCCAUUACGGUCCUCAUCGCAGCACGUCGCGUGCGGGCCGCGGAGUUGGCCUGACGUUGCAGAAGGCGAAACGUCGGAUGGAGGAUCAGCUGAAUAAGAUCGGAUUUGGAAAGAGUAAGAAGAAAGAAAACUUGGAGGAGGCGCCCGGAAGCUAUUUCAGCCGGAGGGACUCAAUGGAGCUCGGCGAGGCCUGCAGAGAGUCCGAAUUCGUCGUGCUGAAGGAGAGGAGACUGAUACCUCGCAGCGCGGUGUUCGACGGGAUGUUGCGCUUUUCUUUCCUCCUGGAGACCUGCCAGCCCGGCUCCGUUCCCGAUCCUCAUCUGAUGGCGUCGCUCUUGGACCUUCCGUACGCGCCGGUGGUGUCUCGCGCCUGUCUCAUACUGGAGUGCGCGCACCUGGUGCACCAGUGCAACAAGGGCCACUGGCCGGCGUGGAUGAAGCACAACUUCCCCAUGUUUCGGCCGUCGAUGCCCAUAAACAAUCGGAACGCCCCGAGCGCGCUCAGGCGCAUCCACGUGCUGCAGCGCACCGCGGGCAAGCUGUUCUACCAGUGGGCCGAGGCUGUCGGCGCGCGCCUCGAGGAGUUCUUGACCGAGGAUAAGCAAAAUAUGGAGCAGGUCACGAGCAUAGUGUCCGACGAGAGCAAACAGAGAGACCUGGUCCUGGAGGAUGAGGAGGAAGAUUUCCUCGACGACGCCAGUAUAAAUAGUUACGGAUCCCAGUGCCCUUUCGCGUUGCGCCUGGUCGCUUGUAUUUUGCUGCUGGAAGUAACGGCGUUCCUCAGGGAGACUUAUCAGACUUUGCCCAAGUCGAGUAAAUUGCUGACGAAGGAACGCCCGCCGCCAUGGGAGAGAAUGUCGCUGCACUACAGUCGAGAAGCGAACCGACGCUGGAGCUUGGCCCUGUCGUCUAUGGGUCACUCGCAGACGUCCGCGCAGAGUCUACAGUCUAUAGUCGGCGACCGCGAAGCCGCGGAUCGUAAAAUCAGUUUUGUCGUUUUUGAACCUGAUUACGAAUCAGAGGGGAGCAGUAAAUCGACGGUUACGAUACAAGGGGAGGAGACACAAAACGUCGAGAAAGAGAAGGCGAAGAGGAUGCAGGCGCCCCAAGGCAGACCGUUUCUCCUUCGUCGCAGUACUGCCGUCGGAACUGGCUCGUUUAAAAAGAGAAGCCUUAAACUUCGUCGCAAUACCAAGGAGGGCAAGGACAUCGAAUGCGAGGCGUACGCGGCGGUGAAACGCGCCGACUCGAUUCAGUCGAAGAGGAAAGUGAGCUCGCUCUCGGACAGAAGCGACACGUCCGAGCCCGGCCUCGGCGGCGAGGUCAGCGGCGAGGAGUCGCCCGGUAUUCUCAGCGACGACCAGCCGCCGGAGAGCCCGAGUGACAGCAACGAGACCGACGAGACCAACAAGAAUUUCCCGUGGAUGAAGGUGCUGGUGCAGCUGACCAACUCCUUCAACUUUUACUGCUCUCAUCAGAAUUUCUGCCAUCCGUUCUGCCACCGGCGGCAGAUGCGCGCCAGCAGCAGACUGAUCAAGUCCGUGAGGAAGAUCUAUGGGGAAGAGUUUGGUGUCUUGAACGGUACGGGACUGUUUGACGUAGACACUGACAAGAAGGAGGAUGGUAAGAAAGACAAGCGCAGCCGUAAGGUAUCCGAUCAGACCAGCACGCAGGUGUCGCCGGUCCGGCGGAAGGACAGCGUGGGACGCAAGUACAAGAUAGAGAAAAAUCUGGACGGCUCUCAGUCUGGCCGAUUAACUCAAAGAGAUUCAUCGAAGGAUCUCGCGGAGCAGGAUUCUGAGAAAGGCAAGGAAUCCUCGAGAAAAAGCACCGCAAAGCCCGGCGUCGAGGAGGACAAGGAGCCACCGCCAAUUUUGAAGUACAUAAAGACCCAGGUGAAAGAUGCCUUUCACGCACCUCUGGCCACCAUGAUCAAAGGGGCGGUCGUCAUGACGGAGGACUUGUUCGUGGAGGUGUUGCCAGUCGCGUGGGAGCUUUUGUUGGAGUCCAACCAGGAAGUGGCCGCGUCGGCGGCGGCGCUUUUCAUCGUGUCGGCUGUGCGAGCGCCGAACCAGGCGAGCGAACUGAUGCAGAAGGGCCUUCAGCACGCCAGCACCAGCGUGCGCAUCAAUGCCAUCCUGCGGUUUCAAGUCCUGUGGAAACUGCGCUACCAAGUGUGGCCGCGAAUGGAGGAGGCAGCUCAUGUGACGUUCAAAGUGCCUCCGCCGGGGAUAGAAUUCACUCUGCCGUCGCCGAAAAUUGGAAUAGAAUCCUUGCCGGUGGUCGAUCCGCCUUGGAUGCCGCAGGUGAAGACCAAGGUGGAAGAGGUCACCAUCAACCAGGAGCGUCACAGAUCCUUGGUGACCGCGACGAAGACGCGCAAGAAGCAGCAGACUGAACUGAUCAAGAAAGCUCUUCAGGCGCAGGACGACAAGAAACGAGAGGAGAGGGAAAAUUUUCUGAUUACGACGAUACCGAUCACCGUCCAAGCCGCUUACGAGCCCAGUCCGAUAGGAGACGAUCAUGACGAAGGAAAUGUGGGAGAUGAAGACGCAGGUGAGACAGUGCCGAGGAACAUGACGCAUCACGGUCAGUCGGCUCUCUCGUUGUUCCCCUCUUCAUUGUGCUCGGCGAUUGUUCAAAUUAUUAAUCUCCUGGACGACCCGGCAGUCUCCGACGAUGGAAACGCGGUGUAUGAAGUGGCAUACCAGGUGAUUUGGAGCUGCCUGGUGGAGGACAGCGCUCUGUUUCUUCGAUAUGUGUUGGAACGGCUGACGAGAGACCAACAGGAGUUAAUGUUUAAGAUUCUACGACAUCUCAUCAGGUUCGUGCCGAAGCUGCCGCAGCAAGCUGCGUUCGCGUUGUACAACUACAUCAUCGGCUACGUGAUGUUCUACGUGCGUUCUCCGCACGAGGGUGGUCAAAAGCUAAUCGGAACCGCGUUGUCGAUUCUGUGGAUGGUGGUGCACAGCGUACACGGCAUCAUGUUCAAAGAUCUGAAGCAGAUCCUGCGGAAGGAGCAAUGCGACGCGUCUAUUCUGCUCACGGCGAAUGUCCCGUCGGCGAAGAAGAUCAUCGUUCAUGGCCCGCAAGAUCCCGACGCCGGGGAGAUACCCUCGCAGUUUCCCGUGCAAGAGGACACGCAGUUCUGCCAGAUACUCAGAGAGUCCUUGGACUUUUUCGGCAUCGAGGAAGCGAAGCAGCAUGAAUACUUCCUCGUUGACUAUAAGACACAUCAAAUACACAACCCGUCGUCGUACGUCAGAGACUACUAUUUCUUCAAAAGAUCUCAAUUUCCGCAAAUCGAGCUCGUCCACAUGAAGCCGGAGGACGCGUUCAACUCGUUGCAACAGCAGGAAUUGAUGCACAAGUUCGUGGAAAUAGGGAAAGUGCUGCUGACCUGGGCGAUCUUGAAGAACGUCGACAUGGUGGUGCAGAGGGUCGUGUUUCUUCACGAGGAGCUCAUGAAACUGCCGUCGUUCCCACGGAAAGCGCUGGAAGCGAACUUGGAGCUGUACAAAGGCGGCGAGAUUGGAAGAGAGCUCCUCGGGCUGGACGUGAUGCACAAGUUCAUGUGGGUCAGACUGAUCGCGCGGAUGUUCGAGGCAAUGGCCGGCAAUUUCGCGUACUCCGGCGAUAUCCACCUCUUUUUGAACGUCCUGAACGGCGCGGUGAUCCUUCACAGCGAGGACUCCUGUAUCUUGCGUUACGUCGUAGCCACUUACAUCAACGCCGCGCAUAACUUCAAGAACAUCUUCUCGACGAAUGGCUACCUGCUGAUCAUGCCGACGUUGCUGCAGCUCUAUUCGACUCAUCAGACAAACAAACUCGUGACGACCACCGUCGAGUACGCCGUCAAGCAGUUUUACCUCAUGAACCGCAAACCGUUUAUUCUCCAGAUGUUCGGCAGCGUCUCCACCAUAUUGGAUACGGAUGAGCUGAGCGUACACGGCGAGGCUCAUAAGGUCCCAUCCACUUGCCUGUUCAACUUGUUAUUGAGCCUGGAAACUCCGUCGCCGGAUCCACUCAACAUAGGCGAGCUGGUGAAGGAGGAGAAGCCUUUGAAAGCGAUAGACUUCUGCUACCACGACGAGAACGAGAUGGUCAACGUGCUCGACUGCAUAUCACUCUGCGUGAUGGUGAUAGCUUACGCACCAGACUCCAUCAGGGGUCAACAGAUGUUGACAAUACUGGAGGCGAUAUUGCCGUGUUACGUUCAGCAAAUCCAAUCUCCCACGUACAACAGAGAGGGCAAGACGGAGAAGGAGAUAAUAAAUCAAUUAGCCAUCGCCGUAAAGACGCUCGUUAACAAUUCCGAAGCGUUAACCAAAUAUUACAACGGUCCCCAGAAGUCCAGCCCCGAGCACAAGGGCUCCAGUCAAAGAAAUUACGGCAAAGGCCCGUAUUCGCCGGGCUUCGACUUCGAGGACGAUACCCACGCGACCAAGUAUAUAGAGCACUCGAAGGUACGAAACUUUUACGAUCGGGACGCGGACGCGGACGCGGAGAACUUCCAUAAGUACGAAUUCCGGAGGCCGCGUGAUACCUUGCUGAACAUGGUCGGGGACUUUGUGGCUCGUUGCUCCAUUCGGCUCAUCGAACUCAACAAGAAGUCUCAGGACGGGAAGACCAUCGAGUUGCUGGACUCGAAGUGUCACGUGCGACUGGCCGACAUCGCGCACAGCCUGUUGAAGAUCUCACCGUACGACCAGACCACCAUGGGCUGUCGUGGCUUAAGGAGAUACAUGAACGACAUCCUCCCUUCGACCGAGUGGUCGGCCGACGACAUGAGGCCGGCGCUGAUGAUAAUCCUCAGGAGGCUGGAUAAGACUUUCAGCAAGAUACACAAGAAAGCGUCGAUCAGGCGGAACACUGAUUGGGCCGCUGCCAGCGACCUUCUGAAGGGGGUUUAUGAGACUUUGUUGAAGUGCCCGUACAUCGCGCACUUUCAGUACCUGAAGACGCUGCUAAAUACUUGUCAGGCUUUGAUCGUUGGCGACACUCCAGCCGAGGAUGUAACGUCGGCUUCCGCAGCCGCUUUGAUGAGCAAGUUACCGCCUCAGCACUUUUGCUCGACGGUCCUGCGCCUGAUCGCCCUGCACGUGAUAUCCUACGGCGAAGGAUACUCCUUGGAAAACGUGCUCGGUGGCACGUUUGCUUCUCAGACUCGCACGGAGAACACACUGCUGAACCUGCUGAUACCGUUGUUCCUGCGCAUUGGAACUGGCAGGAAAGAUGUCUCGAAGUUGAGACAGUCGGACAUCAGUUUCGCUCUGACGGCGGUACUGAACACGCUCUGGCCGCCGGGAGUGAAGACGGUACCGUUGAUAGCGCAGAAUUUGAAGACCACCACGGACAUGAGGACCGGCAGUCUCACAUUUGCCGCGCGAGACCCGAAGACGUUGACGAAGACGUCGUUAACGUUGUACCAAGUGGCGUUUCUAGCACUGAAAAUAAUGACGAUAUGCUUCGAGACCGAGCUACGAACGGAAUGGCCGAAGAUCCUGCGCACGAUGCGCCUGCUGAACAAGCGCAACGAGGCCUCGAUAUACCUGUGGAACUUCAUCGAAUUCGUAGUGACGCACCGCACGGCCCUGUACAUCCAGAUGCUGCCGUUCAUCGUCUACAAGAUCGGCCAGGCGCCGAUAUCCGAGCACGAGCGGAAUAUGCACACCAUCAUCCGCGAGAAGAUCAACGGCAGCAGCACCACCGUGCCCAAGUCGCGGGGCGCGUUGCUCAUGGACCUGAUCCACGACUUGAAGAAUCUGAAGGAGGAGAUCGAGGAUCGGAGGUUCGAUGAGAUGCAACCGGAGCCCAAGAGAAGCGUGGUGGACAUGCACCCGAUAACCGAAGGCCAGUCGCGCACUCAGAGGCCGUCUCUGUUGAUGGACUUUCUGACCGGCGAUCUGAGCUCCAAGGCUCACAUAAACCGUACGCCUGCCGAGACUCCGGUGUCUCAUUCCACAGCACCUCAAUCACAGCCUCAUUCGACUCAUCAAUCCAACUCAAGUAGCACUGUUAAAACAACGCAGCCCAGUCAAGUAACGGCACCGCCGAACGGAUCCGUGUCCAGCACUAGCGCGGGGUCGUCCACGUUGCGCGAGGCGAGCGACACGUUCGCCGGAGAGAUGUACGUCGAACAGCAUCAGCAGCAGCCGCCGCCGUCGUCGUCGACAGAUAGAUUCCAACCAUCUUCUACUAGCGAUGAACGUAACCAUGUUAAGCUUCAUCCUAUCUUACUUCACCAAAAGGCGCCAAAGCUGCGCUUUGUCUCUUCCGUAGAGUUUAGAAACUCAUCAGGAGAGACGCUGACGAGCCAGCUAAGCCCGACCAGUCCGAUCGAAGACAGUUCUGAAGAAGUGCGCACCGACAAGCCUCGCUUGCAGCGUUCGAUGGGCCAAAGCAAGAAGACUUUCCGCUUAAGGAAGAGUCGAAAGGCUCAUAUUGAGUUGACCCAAGCGAAACCGGAACAGCUGGACACAACUCUAGUGGAAGAACCGAGCCAGUCAAAGUCAACACCGACACCACCGGUGUCAGCCGUGGAGCCCUCGCCGCUGUCCAACAUCCCGUCGGACUCCUCGUCCAUUCGUUCCAGGCGAAGUUUGUCUCUUCGUAAGUCGGACGGCGAGAAGAACUCGGCCGUACCGUGCGACCAGCAGCAACAAUUCUACGGAGCGACGCAUCAGCAUUACCACUCUCAUUACUACCACCACCACCUUCACCCCCAGAUGUCGGACGUGUCCUGGGACGAGGACACGUCCAGCACCUCCGGGUACCGCGAGUCAUAUAGCAUGCAGCUGGUGUCCUUGGACGGUAACAACGCGCGCUCGACCACGGCACCGCCGUUGGCGUCGCCGGACCUCAACGACAUGCCGUCUACGAGCAGCACAGCGACCAAUUACAUGGGCUUCGACGGCAGCUCUCCGGAUUGUUCCAUCAACGGCAGUGGUGGUGAAAAGACGGCGCUCUUAACGUCGAGCCAGAGGACAACCUCCCAACACUCCCUACUCAUGGUCUUUCCGAAUCAAGACGAGGACACGUUGAUAUAAGUCGCAGCGAUUGGCGAUACUUGCUCGGCUGAGACUGCGACUCGAAAUUAUAUCUUUAAACGUCGGAUUAAUGCGCGGACGAUUAUUGCAGAACAUUCGUUGCACCAUUCGUCGCCCCUUAACCACCGCCAUCGCGCCUAAUGGGACGUGUGCCUCCCGUCACCGUAAUCCGGUUAGGUUGUUUUUAUACCGAUGUGACUCGUUUACUUCGCUUUGCACUGCGCAGAUUGCGAGGCGUACAGUUCCCCAAGAUGGAACCUAGCACGCACGUCUUGCUAGAACCAAAAUUUUUGUGGGAACGUGUAUCAUUCCCAUAGUACACCCCGAGUAGAUAAUUUUUUAUCAAGGUCAUCGUUAACGGACGAUUAAACGGGGAAGAGGUCGAAUCAGAAGCGGUAUAUUCGCGAAAUCCCGUUCGUCCGAUUAAGCGCAUCUCCGUGAUGCUUUCGAGGAGCUUAGAGUAGUCACUUAC